UGUCCGAGUGGGAUUGAUCCCGUGGAUGCGGGUGUCGGGGUCGGCGUGUGAGCCCCGCAGGAUCAGCCUGUCAUAGGGCAGCAUCAUGGUUUAUAAUCCUGUUUCAGUGGAGAUGCUGCUGCUGCUGCUGCUGCAGAUACUGUGGCUUUUACCUGUGACUGGAGCAGCUCCUUCCCCUCAGACGACAGAGCAGCUGGACACAGGAGUGGACUGGCUGAGUCGGUUUGGCUACCUCCCAACCCCUGACCAAGUCACUGGUCAGCUCCAGACCAAGGAAGCCCUGACCAAGGCCAUCAAAGCCAUGCAGAGGUUUGGAGGCCUGAAGGAGACCGGAGUCUUAGACAAAGCAACGCUGGGACUAAUGCAAACACCCAGAUGUUCUCUGCCAGAUGUGUCUGAGGCUGAGGUGACAGUGGGCCGCAGGAAACGCAGCGUGAGCGCUCAGAACAAAUGGAACAAGAGGCAUCUGUCCUGGAGGUAG